UGGUGCUCGUCAUUUGACUGCGGGAAUGGACUUGGAGGAGCAAGAAAAUGAACUGCUUGCUCUCCACAGUAUCUUUGGGUCAGAAGACUUUGUUCGCCAUGAAUCCAAGUCUGCCGGAGAAAUACGAGUUUCAGUGGAGUUACCGUCGGGAUAUUUGCUGUCACUAACGGAUGGUGAAGCAUUGAAGCAGUACGUGAUAUCAUUCCUUCCUUCACUGAUUUUAACCUUUGAACUCCCUGAUGAUUACCCCUCUUCCUCUCCUCCUUCCUUCACUCUUUAUGGUAGCUGGCUGACUCAUAAGCAGCUUGCAGCUCUAGGAGCUCACCUUACUGAUCUCUACCAAGCUGCCGGAGAUGUGGUUCUCUUCUCCUGGAUACAAUUUCUAAGAGAAGAUACUAUAACAUUUCUCAACAUCAAUUCGGGUAUGGAGCUGUCCAACGAGCCCAGUACCCCAUACAACAGUCAAGAAACAAAAGAUGUUGCAUUCUCAGAACAGAAAAGUCAAAAUACCCGGACUUCAGGAUCCAAAGAUGACGUUUCGUUUUUUCUUGUUAAUGAAUGGACAGACAGUAGCAAUGUUGAUACUCGGGAGUGCGCGACCGCAGACCCCUGCAAGAUGGACCGAAUUAAUAUAACAUCAUCAUGUGCUGAUGACAAAACAUGUGGAAAAGGAGCUGGAGACAAAACAAGAGACACUUCCGAUGAAAACCGACCCUUCUCUCGUCCCACACUGACUCCAGCGCAAACUCUCCUGUCUGAGAUACUGAGCCACGAUGCAGUCCAAGGACAGAAAGUUUUUCAAAGCACAAUUUAUAACUGCGCUGUGUGUUUCAUGAGCUACCUGGGUUCAGAAUGUGUUCAGAUACCAGAGUGUGGUCACGUCUUCUGCCGGGCCUGUCUCGCUGAGUUCUGCAAGGUCCAGAUAACAGAGGGAAAUGUCCGUGGUGUCACCUGUGCUCAGGCAGGCUGCACAGCCUUACCCACCCAAGCACAAGUGAAGAGUCUGGUCGGAGAAGAACUGUUCAGACGCUACGAUCAUCUUCUUUUGCAAUCCACCCUGGACUGUAUGGCAGAUGUGAUGUACUGUCCACGACCCUCCUGUGCAUCGCCUGUUGUUCUGGAGGAGGGCAGCUGUUUGGCGCUCUGCUCCGUCUGUGGCUUUGCCUUCUGCGUUACCUGCAAAAAGACCUACCACGGAACGAAUCGUUGCAGGCCAAUUGGACUGACAAAGACCCAGCGAAAAAAUGACCCAGAGCAAGGCAAUGCACACCUGCCCCGAUCUCUCGUGGGCAUGAAGGCUCUUUGGGAUGACUAUGCCAGCGGCAGUGAGCAGAGGAAGCGUCUGCUCGAGAGCCGUUAUGGUCAAAAUGGUCUGUUUCUCACUCUUGAAGGCUGCUUAAGUGAGCAUUGGAUUGCUUUCAAUAGCAAAAACUGUCCGUGGUGCUUCUGCAGGAUACAGAAAAACGAAGGGUGCAACAUAAUGACGUGCUCUCAGUGUAGACAAUUGUUCUGUUGGGCCUGCCUGACCAGGCUUCCACACGGGACUGUAUAUCAACACUUUCAGGACAGUGCAUGUUCUCGCUACUAGUGUGACCAAGAGCCUCAGAUCGUUUGGUGAUCUGAGUGAAUGUGUGGUUGAGUUUAGCUAGUUACUAAAUCCAAGGGGUCACUUUCUUUUUCUUCCCUGUCCUGUGAAUUAUUAAAUGUUAUAAAAAUAUGAAAGCAUAACUCUUCGUAUGGUAUUAGUGUGAAGAGACUAUGCACAUGGAUGAAAUUUUUGGUAGUUAUUUGUUAAUGAAAGUAAAACCCACAGUGCUCACAGAAAUAACCUGAAUCUGACAAUAACCUGAUGAAAAUCAGGCAUUGCUUCUGAAUUGUUGUUCAACUGAAAUAUUUAAUUGAAAAAAAAUCAUGGAACAGGCAUGAACGUAAAUGAUGGUAACCAUCCAUUUUAUGAGCCGCUUAUCCUCAGAAGGGCUCAUGAGUGCUGGAGCCAAUCCCAGUAGUCAUCGGGCAGGAGGCAGGGUACGCCCUGAACUGGUUGCCAGCCAAUCACAGGGCACAUGGACACAGACAACAGUCACACUCGCAAUCACACCUAGGAGCAAUUUAGUGUGUCCAGUUAAUGUGAGAUGUUUUCGGGAUGUGGAAGGAGGCCGAAGUGCCUGAAGAAAACCCACGCAGGCACGGGGGAAACAUGCAAACUCCACACAGGCAAGGCUGGGCUUGAACCCUGGGGCCCUGAGGCCAACGGUUUACAGCUGCUCCAACGUGCCGCCUGUCUAGUUUCGGUUUAUUUAAAAAAAUAUACUUUACUUUGACUCUUUGGUUUUUGGAUUGUUUAGUUUUUUUUAGUUUCAAAUUAAAUAUUUUUUGAGAUUCCUGGAUUCCUGCCUUGCAUCCCCACUUCCCUCCACUUGGGUCCUCCACACCUUGCAGUACCUUCCUCACCAUCACCAGCCUCGACUGUGACAAUUUGUUCUGUAUACAAUCAGUAGUACCACUGACUUGUGACUGUUGUUUGUUACUGUUCUUACUAUACUGUACUCUACUCACUGUUCCUCCGAUAAGUACUUAAUUUACUUUCUGUUAUAGAUACUUACUAUUAUCAACUCUAGUGAUUAGCAGCCUUCCUGAAAGAAGUACCAGUAAUAGAAAUAAUGAGUCAUGGUAAGUGCAGCGGAAAAUAACAGUUUCACAUAACAAUGUUGUUUAUUCUAACCUUGGACUAUGCGAGGUGAAAGAGAAUAUAAUUGCUAUAAUAAACAUUUCACAUCGGUUAUUAUUAUAA